AAUCGCCGGCAGCCUAUGACAUCAGCCAGGAACGCCUGGGAUGCCGCGCUGCUCCUGGCCAACCUCCGAGGAGGAGGAGGGUCCCGCCGGCUAAGAGUUAAUUAGCCCCGCACGGCGAGGGGGGAGGCGCCAGUUUUCUGGGGACACUGGCUGCCACUGUACUCCUACCCAGGGGAGCUCACGGAGAGUUGGAUGAAUUCUGGGUUGUUAGCUGCGGUCAGCUGGGCUCCCGGGAGCCUGUUGCUGGUGGAGAACAGGGGGCGCCUGGCCAAGGGACCAGCGGCUUGCUGAGACUCAACAUGACACUCCUGGGGUCUGAGCAUUCUUUGCUGAUUAGGAGCAAGUUCAGAUCAGUUUUACAGUUAAGACUUCAACAAAGAAGGACACAGGAACAACUGGCUAACCAAGGCAUAAUACCACCACUGAAACGUCCAGCUGAAUUCCAUGAGCAGAGAAAACAUUUGGAUAGUGACAAGGCUAAAAAUUCCCUGAAGCGCAAAGCCAGAAACAGGUGCAGCAGUGCCGACUUGGUUAAUAUGCACAUACUCCAAGCUUCCACUGCAGAGAGGUCCAUUCCAACUGCUCAGAUGAAGCUGAAAAGAGCCCGACUCGCCGAUGAUCUCAAUGAAAAAAUUGCUCUACGACCAGGGCCACUGGAGCUGGUGGAAAAAAACAUUCUUCCUGUGGAUUCUGCUGUGAAAGAGGCCAUAAAAGGUAACCAGGUGAGUUUCUCCAAAUCCACGGAUGCUUUUGCCUUUGAAGAGGACAGCAGCAGCGAUGGGCUUUCUCCGGAUCAGACUCGAAGUGAAGACCCCCAAAACCCAGCGGGAUCCCCGCCAGACGCUAAAGCAUCAGAUACCCCUUCGACAGGUUCUCUGGGGACAAACCAGGAUCUUGCUUCUGGCUCAGAAAAUGACAGAAAUGACUCAGCCUCACAGCCCAGCCACCAGUCAGAUGCGGGGAAGCAGGGGCUUGGCCCCCCCAGCACCCCCAUAGCCGUGCAUGCUGCUGUAAAGUCCAAAUCCUUGGGUGACAGUAAGAACCGCCACAAAAAGCCCAAGGACCCCAAGCCAAAGGUGAAGAAGCUUAAAUAUCACCAGUACAUUCCCCCAGACCAGAAGGCAGAGAAGUCCCCUCCACCUAUGGACUCAGCCUAUGCUCGGCUGCUCCAGCAACAGCAGCUGUUCCUGCAGCUCCAAAUCCUCAGCCAGCAGCAGCAGCAGCAGCAACACCGAUUCAGCUACCCAGGGAUGCACCAAGCUCAGCUUAAGGAACCAAAUGAACAGAUGGUCAGAAAUCCAAACUCUUCUUCAACGCCACUGAGCAAUACCCCCUUGUCUCCUGUCAAAAACAGUUUUUCUGGACAAACUGGUGUCUCUUCUUUCAAACCAGGCCCACUCCCACCUAACCUGGAUGAUCUGAAGGUCUCUGAAUUAAGACAACAGCUUCGAAUUCGGGGCUUGCCUGUGUCAGGCACCAAAACGGCUCUUAUGGACCGGCUUCGACCCUUCCAGGACUGCUCUGGUAACCCAGUGCCGAACUUUGGGGAUAUAACGACUGUCACUUUUCCUGUCACACCCAACACGCUGCCCAAUUACCAGUCUUCCUCUUCCACCAGUGCCCUGUCCAACGGCUUCUACCACUUUGGCAGCACCAGCUCCAGCCCCCCGAUCUCCCCAGCCUCCUCUGACCUGUCAGUCGCUGGGUCCCUGCCGGACACCUUCAAUGAUGCCUCCCCCUCCUUCGGCCUGCACCCGUCCCCAGUCCACGUGUGCACGGAGGAAAGUCUCAUGAGCAGCCUGAACGGGGGCUCUGUUCCUUCUGAGCUGGAUGGGCUGGACUCCGAGAAGGACAAGAUGCUGGUGGAGAAGCAGAAGGUGAUCAAUGAACUCACCUGGAAGCUCCAGCAAGAGCAGAGGCAGGUGGAGGAGCUGAGGAUGCAGCUUCAGAAGCAGAAAAGGAAUAACUGUUCAGAGAAGAAGCCGCUGCCUUUCCUGGCUGCCUCCAUCAAGCAGGAAGAGGCUGUCUCCAGCUGUCCUUUUGCAUCCCAAGUACCUGUGAAAAGACAAAGCAGCAGCUCAGAGUGUCACCCGCCGGCUUGUGAAGCUGCUCAACUCCAGCCCCUUGGAAAUGCUCAUUGUGUGGAGUCCUCAGAUCAAACCAAUGUACUUUCUUCCACAUUUCUCAGCCCCCAGUGUUCCCCUCAGCAUUCACCGCUGGGGGCGGUGAAAAGCCCACAGCACAUCAGUUUGCCCCCAUCACCCAACAACCCUCACUUUCUGCCCUCAUCCUCCGGGGCCCAGGGAGAAGGGCACAGGGUCUCCUCGCCCAUCAGCAGCCAGGUGUGCACUGCACAGAACUCAGGAGCACACGAUGGCCAUCCUCCAAGCUUCUCUCCCCAUUCUUCCAGCCUCCACCCGCCCUUCUCUGGAGCCCAAGCAGACAGCAGUCAUGGUGCCGGGGGCAACCCUUGUCCCAGAAGCCCACGUGUACAGCAAAAGAUGGCUGGUUUACACUCUUCUGAUAAGGUGGGGCCAAAGUUUUCAAUUCCAUCCCCAACUUUUUCUAAGUCAAGCUCAGCAAUUUCAGAGGUAACACAGCCUCCAUCCUAUGAAGAUGCCGUAAAGCAGCAAAUGACCCGGAGUCAGCAGAUGGAUGAACUCCUGGACGUGCUUAUUGAAAGUGGAGAAAUGCCAGCAGACGCUAGAGAGGAUCACUCAUGUCUUCAAAAAGUCCCAAAGAUACCCAGAUCUUCCCGAAGUCCAACUGCUGUCCUCACCAAGCCCUCGGCUUCCUUUGAACAAGCCUCUUCAGGCAGCCAGAUCCCCUUUGAUCCCUAUGCCACCGACAGUGAUGAGCAUCUUGAAGUCUUAUUAAAUACCCAGAGCCCCCUAGGAAAAGUGAGUGAUGUCACCCUUCUAAAAAUUGGGAGUGAAGAGCCUCACUUUGAUGGGAUAAUGGAUGGAUUCUCUGGGAAGGCUGCAGAAGACCUCUUCAAUGCACAUGAGAUCUUGCCAGGCCCCCUCUCUCCAAUGCAGACACAGUUUUCACCCUCUUCUGUGGACAGCAAUGGGCUGCAGUUAAGCUUCACUGAAUCUCCUUGGGAAACCAUGGAGUGGCUGGACCUCACUCCGCCAAGCUCCACACCAGGCUUUAGCGCCCUCACCACCAGCAGCCCCAGCAUCUUCAACAUCGAUUUCCUCGAUGUCACUGAUCUCAAUUUGAAUUCUUCCAUGGACCUUCACUUGCAGCAGUGGUAGAAUGCCCAAUGCACCAGUGCUAUGGAAGACCAAUAGGAGUUCCAUGGGGGAAAGCACACAGCCAUACAUACUUUACAGUCCAAAAACAGAAGAAGAAGAGAAUUAGAAAGAAGCAAUGGAGAUUUCUGUGCCAAUCAACAAGAACGAACAGAAGUCAUUUUUAGAAACACACAUACUGUAAUAUUUACCAACAUUCAGUAACUCUUAAUGAUUUCAGCAAUGCAUUCAAAAAUGUGCUUUCUCAGAUUAAGGAUGCCAAAAAAGAUAUUUCACUGCCUUUUCAAAGACCAGUAUAUUUUCUAGCCCAUAAUUUUUCUCAGGCAUUGUUGGGGCAUAAGCUCACAGUGUAAGCUUUUCUCAUAAAUUCACUAGACAUAUCGUGGAAGGAAAACAUAGUCUUUUGGGAGUACAGGGAAGCCAGCCCCUCAAAGCUUAUGGAAGACAUACCUGCGAUGGAAGCUGUUGCCCAAUGUUUCCAUUACUAUCUUUGAAAAGAGAAGCCAGACCCAGCUUCAGAUCAAAAGUUCUUGAGACAGAGGAACAAAACCAAUCUAUUUCCAGGGAAGCGAAAUCAACUCAAUUGUCCCUCUACCACAAAACUGCCCCACUGGAGUGAUUCUGAACCUGUACCCAGGAUUCUAUGUGGUCACUAAUAACAGUUAACCUGAACUGAGUCCACAGAACUCCACCCAGAACUUUCUUCUUUUUUAACCAGUGGCCCAAUCAUUCCCAAUAUCUCUGUGCUGUUAAGUAUGUGUCCUAGAUGAGAACCCUGAAGGAUGCAGACCUUCUUCCCCCAAAGGAGAUGCCACAAGCUCCCCAACACAGCCCCCUUUAGUUCCAAAGACUAGAGAUGACCACAUUGGUAGAAAUAUAUCUCAAGGCACAGGAAAGAAGCCGUACCAGGGAUAAUUCAGACCAGACUAGAGAAUAACAUCAUUUCACAUACCCUGGGAUAAACACCCUAGGUUCCUAUAAAAGGACAUUACUUAUGGGAGUCCAACCUCUCCUUUUGUUUUGUUAUUAUCAGUUUAUCUUUCUCCCACUCCACUUUUCCUUCAAGGUACCAAUCCUUUCCUGUUCCUCGUUUGGCCAUCCUUCUUUUUCUGCCCCAACAUUGGGAGGGGAGGACUUCUCAGUUCUAACAAGCUGCCAUACUCCUAAGAAAGCCAUUUUUGAAAAAUUUAACAAUCCAGGUUCUUCUGGAGAACUCACUCUCCACACGCACGGUUUGCUGCAAAAGGAAGUCGCAAGAAUUUCUUGAGGAAGAAACUGGUGACUUGGUCCAUCAGUCACGAAGUUCUUUCUAUUCUCAUUUAGUUUUCAAGAAAUUAUUGGUUUGCGUUGCUCUGGGGAAAUUGGAAAUCAUUACAUUGUAGAGACAAAUAUGGAUGAUAUUUACAGGAGAGAAUUUCAGAUCUGAGUUUUUGAAAGAAAACAGAAUUGCACAUUGAAAACAAUGGAAGGAAAAAGACAAUGAUCUAAUGUGCAUUCCUCAUUACCUCUCGUGGCUUUGGCUGGGAGUUGGAAAAAGCUAAAAUUUCAGGACAGUCUCUGUAAGGCUCACUGUGGCUCCAGUUCACCAUUUUAUAUUGUUGCAUGCUGUAGAAAGGAGCUAUUGCUGUUGUUUUUUUUUUUUUUUUUAAUUUAAAUCACUAAGGCACUGUUUUUAUCUUUUGCAAAAAAAAAAAAAGUUGUUCACUGUGCACUUAUAGAAAACAUAAUCAAAAAUGUUGUGAUUUUAGAAGCUGUCUUUUUGAUAAACCAAAGAUUUAGAAGUCAUUCCAUUGUUAACUUGUAAAAAUGUGUGAACACAGAGAGUUUUUGGUGAUUGCUACUCUGAAAGCUGCCAGAUCUUAUUCUGGGGGUGGGAUGUGGAGGAAUACACAUACACACACAAACAUACAUGUAUGUAUAAUAAAUAUAUACAUGUGUGUAUAUUAUAUCUGUGUGUGCAUGUAUCUUCAAAAGCAGUGUUACAGAGUUCUACACCAAAAGCCUUUAACCCUUAAUCUGCUGUGAAUGAUACCUGGCCUUUCUCACUAUGAAUUUCUGAUUAAUCAACCAGACUACACGUUGCCUCUCUGUGUAUGACUAACGGCUCCAACCCGAUGACUCACAGCUACUUGCUUAUCGUGAACAAGCUCAUCUUGGCAAUGAAUAUGGAUGUGAAAAGACAGAAUGGCUUCACCAUUAGUAGCUGGAAAUGGUAUCACAGUCUCUUAUAGAGGAAUAUGAAAGGAACAUGAAAAACAUUUUACAUUCCUUUAUCUGCAUUGUGCUUUAAAAGAUCCACAUGGUAAAUUUUUUAUUUUGCUUUUAUGUCAGUCAUCAGAACCAAAAAAAUCCAGAAGAAAAAAUUGCCAGUGUUUCCUUUGAAGAUGAAGCUACUGGGGAAGAAAACCUUAUUAAUACACUCCACACAUUUGUUCAUUCCUCAGCUGUUGAUGUUUUCUUGGGGUCUUGACAAAGCUUGCUGGUCAGUGCACUUUUCAGGUGUCACGUUUUGCUGUUUGUAUGUUCUUUUUCUUCCCCUUACUUCCUUUGGAAAACAAACUCACACAGUGCCCCUACUCUGAGACCUGGGACUGAGGGUUAAUUAUUUUUUUCCUUGGGUAUUUCUAUCUGGGAGACUAGACCUAGUUAGAAGGCCUCUGUACUUCUCCAGAUUGUAUCUUUUUAUGGGGAUCUUUGAGGCUAUGACCCAGGACUGAUAGCUAUGCCUUACUGUAGACAAAAGAUAAAAUGGUUCCUAUAUCCUAAUGCAAACCAACACAGUUAAAAGAGCAGAUCUCUGUAUAACUGCUCUCAACCUCCUUCCACAGUCUCCACAGACCGCAUUCACCCUCUCUCUUCAUAGCUCAGACAUGAAAUUUGAGGGAGAAAACUGGAGAUAAUUGGGAGAAAAUUGAUGAAGUUGGCUGCUUCCAGUAGAUCAGAUAAUCCAUGAAUUUGUCUCCCAUUGAGAAUUUUAUUUUAAAUUCUUUUAAACUCUUAGUUGUGUCUUUUGUGAUGACAAAUCAGGCAUGACUAAAAGAUGUACAGAGACUUACGAAGAUGGUCACAUUCAAGUUCCCUAAUGCACUUAGAACCUGAAGAUGACCAUGUGUAGUUUUCUUAAGACCUCUGAACCCCCAUGGUGAUGAAGACUUGAAGACAUUUGCAGCUAUUUGCUGCAGUCUGGUAGAUUCAUACUUAUCUAAAGAAGUCAAAAAAUUUAUUCGUGCAAGUGCUUGCAGGAAGCCAGUGCUUAUUAGUAGUGACCCUGUUUCUAUCAACGUUAUUGAGACAACACAUAUUCUAUUCUAAGGGAGAAAGAGGGAGGAAGAGAGGGAGGGAGGGAGGAAGAAGAGGGAGGGAGAGAGGAAGGGAAGACAGGAGAUGGGAAGGGGGUAAAGAGAGAAGGAGGGAGAAGGGAAGGAAGGAAAGAAGAGAGGAAAGAAAGGGGGGAAGAAAAAAAGGGCCAAACUUUCUGAUCUAUGAACUUCUCAGUCUAGCUGUCACAUUAUGAGAAGUGAAUCAGAAUUUUUUUAAGGAGAAGUCAUUCUUAGCACUACAAUAAUUGUACCAGUAAUUGAGGAAACCAAGACAAUCUUCACCUGAAUAAUAGAGGGUCUGAGAACUGUCAGCCUUUUGCCAUUCAAAAAUAUUUACAUCCAACCUGAAAAAAAAGCAUCAGUAAAACCUAUCCCAAGCAUUCAAAAUAGUCCUUUCCAAAUAUUAUUUAUUUUAAAGUCAAUCAGCUCUUUUAGAAAUGGAUUCUGGUCUGGCUGAAAACUCCCACAUCAAAUUUACUCAUCCAGUGGCUAAUAUUUAAUGCCCACCAUGGGCAGAGCACACAAAUCUUCAGAUAAACAAUACUGAAUUGAUUCAGCACAGAUUGUUCAGAUUUGAAUGACCAGGGAGUUGUAUUUGCUACAUGCAAGAACACUAAGAAUCUCCCAGUCCUCAAACUACAAACCUUUUAGCUAUGAUUAAAAAAAAAGGGGGGUCUUCAUUUUUCCAAAAGGGAGGGUGGAGGUAGGGAUCACUUUUUAGCUAAAAGCUAUCUCUCACUUCAAAAUUCUUGUCUUUUUCUUUGUGGACAAACACCAGUAGUCCAUCACUUGGAGAUCUUUUAAUAUCACCCAUCAUUUAAAACAUCCACAAGAGUUUGAAGAUUUGUUUUGAUUGCCAGAUACAGAAGCCCCUUGAAAAUAAGGAAAGAGUGGAGGAAGCAUUUUUGCGUCCUAUCCCUAUUUAUCAUAGCAGCUCUAUAGACAAAAGGGACACUUACUGGUGAGCCUCUGGCCCUUAAAAGAAAAUCAUCUAAGAAUAUGAAGGCAACUUGACUUCCCCCUACAGCCCUCAGCUGCCUUCCUCACAGAAGGAAAUUCCCAGUUGCUGGUACACAGUUUGCUAUCAAAUAUCAGAUAUGAGAAAACCUGUAGUGAAAAGAGUCUGGGUUCUUGGUUUUCUCAUAAAUCCAAUAUAAACUGGUAGGUUGGUUCAGGGUCAAAAUUGCCAAUGCUUUAUUAGACAGACGACACUGAUAGACACACAGAGCCCAGGUCCUGGAACAAGACAAUCCUAUAGUGCUGAGAUCUGGUCAGUUGCGUUAAGGAGCUGGGUUUGAUUCUAGAGUCCAGGUUUAUAGACAAACCCUGGCUAGACUGAGCCUACCCGUGGGGGGACGAUUUCAACACAGGAUGAGAUCUGGAAAGAAUUUUGUUGUCAUCUGCCAGGGAAAUUAUCAUAGGACUCAUUGAAUGCAAUAACAUGUGAGUAAGUUCCCUUUUGAUUCUGGGAAUCAGCGAUUUUCCCUGUGGGUUAAGACAAACCAACGCCUGAAGGUCUCCUGUGCUUAUUUUAACCAUCUGCUGCCAUCAUGAACACUGGAGCAUGCAUUUCCUAGAAGUGGUUUCAUAGCUCCUGUGUGUUCAUGGAAAAGGGGAGUAUAAUGAUGGGGAUCCUGGAAGCUAUUUUAAUGUUUUCCAAAGGAAAGGAACCCACACUGCUCCCCAGAGUUCCUUUCCAAUGGCCCUGCAGUAGGAACGGAGGACAAUGUAUUGCUGGGUGCUUAUUUCCUCCCUCAGUGAAGCACAAAGAGACACUCUGUAAAGAAAAAAAGAGCAAGCAUAGGUUCUCUGUGGGACCUUGUGCAGUGGUAUUUUCACGUUGGUCUCUUUGGCUCAAUUAUGCAUACUCAGAAAGAAAUGUGGGUUACUGGGAAGAGACAAAAAGCAGUGGCUAAAAUACCAAAGUUGGCAUGUGUUCUUUUUUUAAAAAAAAAAUGCAUAUAUUUUUAAAUAAAAUGUUUAUUUUAAAAAGAAA